GGCUUGUCUCUCUCUCUCUCCUUUGUUCGUCUUCUCUUUCUUUCAGUCCUUUGAGCUGCAGGAAAGCUGAAAAUGGCCCCAAAGAGAGGAGUUAAGGUGACUACCAAGAAGAAGACUGCUGACAAAGUAACAAACCCUCUAUUUGAGAAGCGUCCUAAGCAGUUUGGGAUCGGAGGAGCAUUGCCUCCCAAAAAGGAUCUCUCCAGGUACAUCAAAUGGCCUAAAUCGAUCCGUCUGCAGAGGCAGAAGCGUAUCCUGAAGCAGAGGUUGAAGGUUCCACCUGCACUUAACCAGUUUACUAAGACCCUCGACAAAAGCUUAGCCACUCCUCUGUUCAAGGUACUUCUCAAGUAUAGGCCUGAGGACAAAGCUGCCAAGAAGGAGCGUCUUUUCAAGAAGGCUCAGUCAGAGGCUGAGGGCAAACCUUCUGAGUCUAAGAAGCCCAUUGUUGUCAAGUAUGGUCUCAAUCAUGUGACUUACCUCAUCGAGCAGAACAAGGCGCAGUUGGUAGUGAUUGCUCAUGAUGUGGAUCCGAUUGAGUUAGUCGUCUGGUUGCCCGCAUUGUGCAGGAAAAUGGAAGUUCCUUACUGCAUUGUCAAGGGGAAAUCACGAUUGGGAGCGAUUGUCCACCAGAAAACAGCAUCUUGCUUGUGUUUGACCACAGUGAAGAACGAGGACAAGAUGGAAUUCAGCAGAAUCCUGGAGGCCAUAAAGGCAAACUUCAAUGACAAGUUUGAAGAGUACCGUAAGAAGUGGGGAGGUGGUAUUAUGGGAUCCAAAUCGCAGGCCAAGACUAAGGCUAAGGAGAGAGUUCUAGCCAAGGAGGCUGCUCAGAGGAUGAAUUAAGUUCUGUGUGGUUUCUUUUUUGGAAGCUUAGUUAAUUCAAUUUUGCACAUCAAGAGUUUAAGUCAAAAAGUAUCUCCCUUUUCUUCACAAUUUUGCUUGCAUUGUCUAAUUUCACUCUUUGAUGUCACCUUUUUAUUUCAUCAAUAGAACUAAAUUUUCAUAGGUUA